CCUUCAUAUCGAAUUGGACUAUUUGUGCGUGUGUAUGUUCGCUACUGCUCUGUUUGUCUUCUUCUUUUCUGUCGAGCACGGAUCGACAUCUCAAUUUUGCUCGUUUGCUCGUGGUCAAGCUUCCACGGAACUUUUGUGAAAAUUUUCACCGUCCGUGGCGAAAAUUUCUGUGAAGGAUUGGUGUAUUCCGUUUGUAUUAACGUAGAUAGUCCAAAUAGUGUGAAGCUUGUACGUUUGUUAAAAGUAAAGUGUGCAAGAUGCCUUCCAGCGAUCCACUGCCGCCCAAAGAGAGUGCGCUCUUCAGGAAGCUGCUGAAAUGCUACGAAAUGAAGCAGUACAAAAAUGGUCUGAAAUUGGCAAAGCAAAUUCUAUCAAAUCCAAAAUAUUCAGAACAUGGUGAAACAUUGGCGAUGAAAGGUCUAACGCUUAAUGGUCUGGGACGUCGGGAAGAGGCGUACAAGUAUGUACGUCUUGGUUUGCGUAGAGAUUUACGUUCCCACGUCUGUUGGCAUGUAUACGGUUUACUGCAGCGUAGUGAUAAAAAGUAUGAUGAGGCCAUUAAAUGCUAUCGCAAUGCUUUGAAAUGGGAAAAGGAUAAUCUGCAAAUUCUUAAGGAUCUGUCGCUGCUUCAGAUACAAAUGCGUGAUCUAGAAGGCUACAAAGAAACCCGCCAUCAUCUAUUUACGCUCAGACCUUCGCAACACGCUAGUUGGAUUGGUUUUGCUAUGAGCUAUCAUUUAAUUGGUGAUCUUGAGAUGGCCAAUAGUAUUUUGGAAACCUUCAGCCAAUCACAGGCGUCUAUAGAAACACAUGACUAUCGCCAUUCGGAACUUCUAUUGUAUCAAAACCAAAUCCUAGUGGAGGCCGGUAACCUUCAACGUGCUCUCGAACAUUUAAAACAGUACGAAAGUCAAAUUGUCGAUAAGCUGGCGGUACAAGAGUCAAUUGGCGAUUUGUAUAUUAAACUCGGACAACCCGAAUUAGCUGUACCUAUCUUUGAGGAGUUGAUUCGUCGCAAUCCCGAGAACACACUGUACUAUUCGCAAUAUUUUGCAGCACGUGAAUUCACGGAUGCGUCAGAUAAAUUAGCUGCUUUCAAACAAUUUGAGGAAAUUUACCCGCGCGCCAUGUGCCCUAAACGUUUGCCAUUGGAUGUUGCAAGCGGCGAUUCAUUUAGGGCGGCACUUGAUUCUUAUUUACGUCGUGGUUUACGCAAAGGCGUACCGCCAUUGUUCGUAAAUGUUCGUGUAUUACAUCGUGUGCCAGAGAAGGCCGCAAUUAUCGAGCAAUUAGCCUUACAAUAUUACGAAAAUUUGACACGUUCAGGACACUUUUCAAGAGAAGAUGCCGAUGCAAAUCUACCGGUGGAGCCAGCGUCAGCACUUGUUUGGACUGCUUUGUUCUUGGCACAACAUUAUGACUAUAAGCGUGACACGGAACAUGCACUAGAAUACGUAAACGCGGCUAUUGAUCACACACCCACGCUCAUUGAGUUGUUCAUGACUAAGGGACGUAUCUACAAGCACGCAGGUGAUCCCGUAGAAGCCUAUAUGUGGAUGGAUGAAGCGCAAAGUAUGGACACCGCUGAUCGCUAUAUAAACUCAAAGUGCGCCAAAUAUAUGCUGCGUGCAGAUUUGGUUAAGGAGGCUGAAGAGAUUUGUUCGAAAUUCACACGUGAAGGUGUUACUGCCAUGGAGAACCUAAACGAAAUGCAAUGCAUGUGGUUCCAAACGGAAUGUGCACUGGCCUACCAGCGCAUGGAACGUUGGGGUGAUGCAUUGAAGAAGUGUCACGAAGUAGAUCGCCACUUCUCGGAGAUUAUAGAAGAUCAGUUCGACUUCCAUACAUACUGUAUGCGUAAGAUGACGUUACGUGCGUAUAUCGGGCUACUGCGACUAGAGGAUGUGUUACGACGUCAUCCCUUCUAUUUCAAGGCGGCAAAAUGUGCCAUAGAGGUGUACAUUCGCUUAUACGACAAACCACUUAAAUCGGAAGAAACUAUUGAAGAAAUUGACUCAGAAAAUCUUCCGCCAUCGGAGCUUAAGAAGUUGCGCAGCAAGCAACGCAAAGCCAAGAAGAAAGCCGAACUUGAAAGCGCACAAGCUGCACAAGCGCAAGUCAAGCGCGAGCAACAUCAGAAAUCCAAGCAGCAAGCAAACCAGGAAGCCGAUCCAGAAGCGCCGCAAUUGGAUGAGCUCAUACCAGAGAAGCUCGAACGACCGGAUGAUCCACUCGAAAAGGCUAUUGAAUUCCUGAAACCAUUACAACAAUUGGCCAAAGAUCGUAUCGAAACGCAUUUAUUGGCAUUCGAGAUAUACUGCCGCAAGAACAAACUUCUCUUAAUGCUGCAAUCGAUUAGACGUGCUAUGGCCAUCGAUGCGACGCAUCCAUCUGUACAUGCUUGCAUAGCUAGGCUGGCGCAGGCAUUGCCCAAACUGACAGCCAAUCAAGAGUUGAAUGAAAGCAUUAAAAUUGUCAUUGACAAGGCCACCAAAGAACUGAUAGGUACAAAGAGUGUACAACAACUGAACGAUGAGUUUGUGGCGCAAAAAGAUGCCACCAUAAUGCAUCUGUACGAGGGCGCACGCGUCAUGUACGAACUGGAACCAAGUAAACGGGAUGCCGCCAUCAAUUUGAUUACCUCAUUUGACAUUAACAAAGUUAAACUGGAAGAAGCCUCAAAAAUCUAUGAAGCGCUGCGUGACGGUGUUUUCGGCGAUAGUGAUGCGGAAUUGAGUCAAUACCGUGCUAAGUGUCAGCAACGUUUCAAAUAUGCACGUCUCUUCAAGGACAUUGUGGACGCACCAAAUGCCAAUGAGGAUAAUCAUGUGGAUGAGAAAACAAAACCGAAUGCUAUAUCUGCUGAUGUGAAGACUGCGGAUUUGUAAUACAACUGCAAUAUGCAUAUGAUAUGCAAAACAUUUAAAACAUAUUUACAAUAACAAAUGGAGCAAGAGCGAAAACAAUAUCCAGCAGCCGUAACACCAAUUAAAUCAAUAGAUAACAUCUAGAUACCUACAUUAAUAAAUUCACACACGCAUACACACAUCAAUUAAAUGCUGAAAUUAAAAGUCUUAAUCUGAAUAAAUGUCUUGACUAACAACAACAAAGAAAUGCUAGGGAAAAUGAAAAUGCUCGAACAAUGAUUGAUAGAUCACAGCAGAUAAACCAUUAUAUCAGCGCUUAACAAAUGCGCAAAUUAGCAAUUACAAUAAAUACAAUUAUAAAACAGA